UCUCAGUUGAAAUGUGUAUCUCAUUACUGCAGACAGUUAAUAUUUACGUAUAUAAAUAACACAGGUUUCUAACAUCCUCAGAAAUCAUGUAAAACAUAUCUAAAUUAAAAUAUGAAAAAGUACAAAAAUAUGCAAUCAAACAAGAUAAAAGUGAUAUGAUAUUAGCAUUACAUACAGUUAUUACGAUAUUUUACGGUCUGUGCAUUGUGAUUAGUUGUAAAACGAGUAUUUGGAUUGUUUAUCAGAUAUAUGUGUCAAAAAUUCAGUAAUAUUUGGUAAUUAAAACGAAAAUUGAUUUGAAGCUAUUUUUUUUUUAAAUUAAGCAAUUAAAAAAAAAUUAAGCUUUAUUAAAAUUAUUUACAAGAAAUUUGCCAUUAGCGGCAAAUUAAUGAACGAAAUUUGCAUGAAAAGCAUUAGUGAUCACUGGCUUGAUCAAGAAGCAGGAGAAACGGAAAAAAUGGAAACAAAAACUGAAGAAUACAGUGAAAAAUCUCCUCCAGACAAAAUGGCAGCAGCAAUUGGAGAUAUAGGGAAAUGGCAGAUACUAAUACUUAUAUUUGCAUCGAUUCCAACGAAAAUGUCAGCCGUGUGGCAACAGAUAUCCAUCAUAUACCUAGCGCCAAAGACAACGUUUUGGUGUACGGACGCAUUGAACGAGAAAGUAAUGAACUCAACUUGUUAUAAAAAUUGUAGUAAUUAUGAAUAUUACUCGGAGUUCGAGAAUACUAUAAUUUCGGAGUGGGACCUGAUCUGUGGGAGAGCUUGGUUGGCGAAUUUUAACCAAAUGAUGUGUAUGUUCGGUGUGUUAGUUGGAAGCGCCGCAUAUGGAUUCAUUUCUGAUAGAUGCGGCCGUCGGCCGGCCAUCAUCAUGGCCGCCAUGACACAGAUGGUGUGCGGCAUGAUCAUCCCCUUCUCUCCCGACUACUGGACCUUCACUGUGGUCAGAUUCAUCAUUGGAACAUCCACGGCGGGACUCAUGGUGGUCUCCUUUGUCAUCAUUCUUGAAAUAGCUGGACCAGGGAAACGGGAACUGAUGACGGGCCUGUAUCAAAUACCGAUAUCAUUAGGUGAGAUGGUGAUGCCAGUGUACUCUUACUACCUGAGGAGCUGGGACCAGUUCACCCUGGGGUUAGGGAUAACGCAGCUGAUAUUCGUGACAUACAUCUUCGUCAUACCGGAGACGCCGAAGUGGCUCAUCUCGGUUGGAAAGCUGGAGGAGGCCAGCAAAGUCAUGAAGAAGGCAGCCAGAAUAAACAACUUACCAACAGAAAACAUGCUCCAAAUAGCAAAGGAGAUAUCGGAUGAAUCCAAAUCCAGACAGGAGAAGUCAGCCAGCAAAGCUACGUAUCUGGACCUCAUCAGGAUUCCAUCAUUGAGGAUGAGGAAUUUGUGCUCGUGUUUGGUCUGGUUCAUACUAGGACUGAGUUUUUAUGGCGGGAAUCAGUAUAUAGGACAGACUAGCUCUAAUACAUUUUUGUCUAUUGUAUUGGCUGGGGCAUUACAGAUUCCCGGACUGAUAAUAGCUGGAAUACUCUACAAGCGAUACGGACGGCGGUACACUGCGAUAGGCUUUUUCAUCGUCUGCGCCAUCUCCAAUGGUCUGCUGGUCUUGCCCGAUGACUACUUCUACAUAAAACUGGUGGUUGGAGCGACGGCUGUCAGUUGUGCAGCUGGGGGAUACAGCGUUUUGUACACGUUCACAUCCGAGUUGUUUCCGACAGUAGUUCGCAACAUGGCGGUGGGCGCCUCAUCCACCAUGUCCAGAGUGGGGUCAAUGCUGGCCCCGUUCGUGGCCGGGGCCAGCGGGGCCUUUUGGAUAGCUCCAACUGUGUUCGCAAUUGCGCCCUUGAUAGCUGCAACAGCCGUGUGGUUUUUACCAGAGACCAGGGGCAAGAAGCUGACUGAUCACUUGAAUGAAUGCUGACAUUUUGUGCCAUGUAGUUUAAAUUUAAAUUAUAUUAGUUUAUCUUCUUAA